AUGAAGUUCCCUGGAGGCAAAAUAUUGCUGUCAUGGGGAGGGAUGGUUGCUUGGUUUGGCUUUGAGUUGUUUCCUUUAAACAAAGUUCCACUAUUCUUUAUAAAUAAUGGUAGAGGUUACAGUGUAGAGAGAAAAAGUGCUGUGUUGCCUUCAUGCACAUUUUUGAACAGUGGUAGCAGAAAAGCAAACAGGCUUCCGUCCUGCCAGGUAAGUAAGUGUAUCCAGACUUAUCUUUUAGUCCAAGGCUUGAACUCAUUUUUGAGCUAGAACUGCCUGGCAGUUUGGACCAUCCUCAGACUUGAUUGAAGUGUGGCUCAAUAUUGGAACAAGUUCUUUCCCAGGAGAGGAGAUGUCAGAGAGCUGGGAGAGGCACCUUGCUAACAGGAGCGCGUGAGCUCUGCAGGCCACACCUGGACACACUGGCCUGUGCCCUGUGGCGCGCCGAGCUCAAGGAGGUGUAUGGGCAUGGCUAGCAAAGGGGAUAUAGAUGUAGCAAGCUUCCACUGGCUGCAGUGGGAUCCAAGUACCAAAACACCUCUGUGACUAAGCCAUGUGGUUUUCUCCAGGCUGUGCUGCCCUUUCCUAACCUCUGCUCUUCAUGUGCGUUGCAGAAGGGGUGGGACUCCUGAGAAUUUGUUGACAGGUGAGAAACAGCAAGGUAUUUCAAGGCAAACAAACCUAACUUUAAGAGCAGCCCAUUCUGGCCAAGCUGUAUGGGAAUCUGCUGCUGAUAGAAACCAGAUUCUUGGUCCAGAACAUAGAACAUUGUCCUACUGUGUUAUCAGACCGGUAAUUCUUCUAGCCUGGCAUCAUCAGUGGUUGGGAUCUUAUGUUUCAAGGCAAGUUUCUUCCCAACUCCAGGCUGCUUUCUACUCCACAAUGGAAGGGCGCUGUAUUCAGUUGCGGGAUCAUGAUCCAAAUUUCUUCUCUUUGAGGACCUGAUGCUCUCCAGACAACAGGCUGAGUGGCACACCCUAGGACAUCUAAUAACUUUCUGGAACACAUCCUCAUUUUCUUACCAGCUCUCUCAGCAGUCUUUGGCUUAUGGUGCAAGUUUUCAAGAAACCAGGGCAGUAAUUUGUUUAUUUAUUUAUUUAUGCAAACAGUAAGAAAUCCAGGUGACAGCUUUAAAUGUUUGGUUUGUUCUUCUUCAAAUAUGGGAAAUGCUGUUCUGAUAUCUUAGGUCCACAGAUUCUGAGUAUCAAUUAUUUUGUUGACCUUGAGUGAGAGUGACCUAGCACUGUAUUUAAUUUAAAAAAUGGUUUCCAGCAUGAUUGCUGGUUUUCAUCUGAAGUCUUUAAAGUUCUACUUAAUUGUAUUUGAUUUUCUUUUAAUGGUGCUGAGAGCUAAUUCUGUUAAGUAAAAGAAUAAAUAGGACAAAUAGAGGUGAGCGGAUACCUUAAACAAUAAGGUUUGUCCUGCAGAUGUUUAAGGUACCUUAUAUGUUAAGCUAUACCUGACAGCUAUGAAUGCCGAGGCUAUCUGAAAAUCAGACCACCUACUAAGGGAUUUUACAAGGCAAAGACACCUUCUUCUACUCAUCUCAAGGAAAAAUUCUGACCUUUGUAGAUCCAGAUUUCAUUACAGAUGCAUAGUUCUCCUCCUCUGAAGAGUGAGAAAGUUGAGCUAAUGUGAGGAUGGGAUGUAAGUGCUGGAAAUAGCAGCCCUGUGCCAAGUGAUACAGUUCCUCAUUUGCUUUGCCAUGUGCCGGUCUGACUGCCCUAGCCCUUUUCUGAAUCCGGUUGACUGUUGGCAGGGGUUGAAUGCUUCCUGAGAACAAAUCACUUUAUUGUUCAUGUCUGCUCAUGCACUGCCUUUUGGGAGCGUGGUUCGUGUUGGUAGCAAGAAGCAGGACCAUUAGCACCAAAUGAAUUCUUUGUCAAGCAGCAUGUCUUGCUGAAAUUUUUACCAUUUUCUCCAACUACUUUCCCCCUGGAUCGAAUUUGCAGUAUCCUAAUGGGCUGGCUCCUAUUAAGCAGAUGACUUGUUGGGGGUGGGGGGUUGUUGUUAACUCAGCAGAUCGUGACCUACCAUGAUUUUCCACAAAACUGGCUCCUUUCUUCUUCCUCCUCUUCCGAGUGAGCAGCUGGGAACUAAAAUGAGGCAGCUCUGGGACUGACAAAACAAAUUUUGUUUCUAUUAAACCCCUUCCAUCCUCAAGUCCUGUGCAAACUGGGCUGUCUGAAACAGCCAAAAUUUCCAUCCUGAGUAACUGUACCAAAUGGAGCACCUAGCCAUGAGCCGCCACUCCAGGGAGUGAUCUGCAGGCAAAGUACAAUGGCAGUUCUCAGGGGUGCCAUCACUCCAUGCCCCAGCAAUACUGGUGACAGCAGCCAUCACUGUCCUGUUUCUGCCUGGAUUCAGGGACUGGGACUGCCCAAAGUGGCUCCACCGGUGUAACCACACUCAAGUGGGGUAAAUCACGGAUUAUGAGCCAGCAACAACUGGUCCCAUGGCUGAUAGUCAACAUCAGUGCUUAUGUGACAUAAGCAGGUUAGCCCAUAACUAGAGCUUUUAGACCCUACCAUAAUACACAGUAACAGCAAGAAGAAUCCGGCUUGCUUCUCCCAAAAUGUAAGAAUUGGUCUGGUUGAGUUUUCAGUCAUCUGUACACAAAGCUGACCUGAAGAUUCAUGCUAUCUUCUCACUCAAAUUCGGGGCCUGAUUUUUGUGGAACAUGGUUCCCUGUUGGUGCAGAAUGAGAGAAAUAAUUUACUUUUGAUUGAUUUUCCACAUAGAUUAAAAACUUGGGGUAGGUAAAUGGCUCAAUUCCAGUACUAUGCUUUAAAACCUCAGUGUGCAGGGGCAUGGAGAGGACAUCGUGAGACUUCUUUCUUUGACCUUGUUAUCCUCUUGACUCUGAAGAUGCAGGUGGUGAGGAUGCAGAUUUUCACAAAGCAGGAGGGGGUGGAUCUAAGCAAUUGUGAACCUCCACAAAUCUUGUUGGGGCUUCCAAGGUCCUCUGAAACCUCCUUUACAGCAACUGAAGCAGAAGCCAGUGUCAGCAAUUGUGUAUCACUUCCCGAGUCACCCAGAAAUGGCAUCAAUGAGAACUGAUUUCAUCUUGAGUCCCAGCAGGGUGUCUUGGACUCCUGGAUCACUUGUGUUCAUGCACAGGGCAGAGACCAAGGCUUUUUAACCAAAACCAGCCAGGUGAUCUUACAUAUUUCUGGUAACAAUAACAUGUUUGUGUCUGCUGAAUCCGAUCCGAAAAAAAAGACAUAUCCUCACUAUAAGUAUCAUUAUUUCUAUCUCACUAACAACAAGAAAUGAAAAUAAUGUCCUGUAUUUCAACUGAGUCCCCUCAGCUGCUGUGAGGAGGCAGCUAGUUGUCCACAAGCACUCUCUCUUUGGUGGCAGCAGGGAGUGGUUUUAGCCUUCAUGGAAAGCUGAUUAUUGUGUUCAGGUGAUGAAAUGUGGAGUUUCAAAAGAAUUUGCCUCUCAUCUCAGUGCAUGCAUAAAAAUCUGGCCCUUUAUCCUGCAGCAGUGGCCUCUCUGGAGAGUGUCCGUGUAGUUUCCUGUCUCUGUGCUUCCUUCCCUCACUCACACGUUUUGUUUUGUUUGAGGUGGAUUGCCUUAUUUUUUUCCUGCAAAGAGAUUUAUUCCAUAGGGCUGGAUCGUGUUUGUUCAUUACAGAGGCAAAGCAAGCUUUGAAAGAUGCUCAUCCCAGGCUGGAGCUCUCCAAAAACUGGCUGGAUGUUUGGUGCUUGUUGGCUGUAGCCCCUUCCCUUUCACCUGUACCACAGCCUCUUCCUGCAGUACAGACCUGAUCCCAAAGGAGAGCUUCCCCCCACCCCCCACCCCGCCUCUGCUACUAUGCAGGAAUCUCCUUCCUUUUGUGCUGGGGCUGAUUAAAAUCUCUCAUUAGGUUUACCUUCUGACUUCUGACGCCAGUACUUUAUGCAAAAACAUUUCCUAGUGAGAACAGUUUAGGGCAAGUCAGCCACUGAAGUGUUACCACCGGUGAGAUCUCUGUGUUUCAUUAGGUGCCUCUCAAACCAUUCCUGGGCAGUGGGAAUGAGACAGGCGUUGCUAGAUGAGCUGGUACAAUAUUUUGCCUUUUUCUCACAACAUUGGCACUGGGCAAAGCAGUAAGUGGCAGGCUGCCUUAUCUUCUGUGAAGCUGACCGGUCCUGCUGCUUGGCAUGGUUACUGGUGCUGCCCACGUGUUUCUUUGAAUGACCUUCCUCUGGGCUGCGAGUGUGGUUUGUACUGGGAAUACCCUGUCCUUGCUAGAAAAGCAGCUCCUGGGGAAAUAUGUCCUUGCUUAGAUGCAUAGAGAGAGUGUUACUGCCACAACCUUAGGGGUGUGCUGUGGGUUAGCCCUGGUGGGCAGCUCAGCCCCACACAGCAGUAGGAUGGAGGGAGAAGCAGAAGAGUAAAAGUGAGAAAACUCAUGCGUUGAGAUAAAGACAGUUUAACAGGCAAAACAAAAGCUGUGUGCACCAGCAAAGCAAAAUAUGGAAUUCAUUUGCUGUUUCCCUCGGGCGGGCAGGUGUUUAGCCAUUUCCAAGAGAGCAGGAACAUUUACUUCAUCAUGCAUAAUGGUUAUUUGGGAAGACAGACACUGUAACUCAUUCUUUCCUUCCCCCAGUUUUUAUUGCUGAGAGCACAACAUCACAUCAUCUGGAGUGUCUCUCUUUGGUCAUCUGCAAUCAGCUGUCCCUGCUCUGCUCCCUUCAAGCUCACUGGUGGGGCAUCCUGAGAAACAGAGAUGGCCUUCACUUUGUGUAAGCAACAACUGAAACAUCCCUGCCUUAUCAGCACUGUUUUGGUCCCAAAUGCAAAACAUAGCACCAUACCAGCUACUAUGGAGAAAAUUAACUCCAUCCCAGCCACAACCAGUACAGGGUGCAAGUGUGUUUGUUUGCAUGGAUGUGGUGAGGCCAGAGCAUGCUACGUUGGCAGAGAAGCACAGUAAGACUCGGGAGAGGCUCUUCUGAGCCCAGCUGUGCACCAGGGGAACUGUGGGGAUGGCAGCAGGGGCUGGUGUAAGGCUGGCAUCCAGCCUUACAUCUGGACACAGACCAGUUGUAGAGAGAGCAAAAAUCGGGGUUUCCUUAACACCUGGGGGGCAUCUGAGAGCGUGUGUUGUACAGCCCUGAAAGGAGUGAGACCGUUGGUCAUCUGCUUCAUCUUCAGGGAGUUCCCACCAGGCACCUUUAAAUUCCCAUUCUGGACAGGAGGAAAGGUUACCUGACAGCCCUGCGGUACUGGGAAUGGGGGAUGGAGGAUGAAGGAUGGGGGGUCUUUGUGCUUCCAGCUGUAAGGAACUCCAGGGAACGCUUUUCUCCCAGCGUUUCUGUUAUGUUGAUCCCCUUGUGCACUGGGACUGGAUCAAAGAGAGCAAAACCGCACUGAAAGACAAUGGUCUCUUCUCACUGGUUCAGCAAGGGUUCCUGCUACUGCAACAGCUCUUCCAAGUCAGGCUGUCACUGCCCGACUGUGCCUGAGCUGUUACAGGCCUAAAGAACAAAAUACUGGUUUUUUUAAUGAUGAAAAGCUUUUCUUAUGUCUUCUCAUGAAUGAUGUGAUAGAGCAGCAACUGCCUCAAACGCACUGCUCCUGUGCCCAGCUUUCUCUGCAGACUUGUGCUCUGAAACAAAAGGAAGGGGAAACCAAAGAAAGUAAAGGCUCUGGUUUGCUAAUGUAACACCAAGUUGAUGAGAAAUCUAUGUUUCAGCCUGGUAUAUUGCUGAGUGCUGUUUUUACACAUGGCUUUUCUUACUGCAGCUCAGAUCUGGAGUUUGACCUGCACACCUUUAUGUAUACACUUUAAUUAGCUAAAUGGCUCUUAACCACGGAGAAGGUUGUAUGGUAGUCUAGGUGCAGUAAGGAUUGAAUCAAUAUGAAAUUGAGAAACUGAAGUGGUUCAUGACAACCUCUCCGAACCGGGAGGGGAAACUUUGCUACCACACCCACUUUCAACCCUCCUUGAAUAUCACAAAGAAGUUGAGAAAUACCUUGGUGGCUCCCCUGCAGGUUGGUUGUCCCAAAUGCAAAUGUAGUAGUUUAAAAAUGUCUCCUUAUUUUAACACUUUCCAGGCUGAAAGAGUUUUGCACCUGCCACAGGGUAGACAGAGAGAGCCAAGCGACAGAGGAGGGGAGAUGCUGGGCUGUGCUGCCUCUGAGCCUCGCUGGCAGCUGGGGCAUGGCAGGGUUCUGACUAGGAGUGCUGCAAAGAUGGAGAGAGUGCAUUUUAGGAAUAGUCCUGCUUUAAUCCUUAUUAUUUAUUCUGAGGUUCCCAUGCGGUGUUGGUAGGAGUGAUUGUUGUAAUCCCUUGGUGUUGUCAUGUGUGUUCUUGCAGUUGAGCAAGAUUGUUUGUGCAUGGUGAGGGUGCAAGGCUUGCUCUGCACAUGAGGAGGUUGCAACUGGGGCAACUGGAGCUGCUCUGGGAGACCUGCAAAGUUGUGCAGCUGGAGAUUAUCUGGAAACUUAACAUGUUAGCAUGAUCAGUACUAGUUUACGCUUAGUUUCUUUUCCAGGCACAGUUUGAAGCUGGUGUAUUGUUAUCUAGAAAUAGAUUUUGUUUGUCAGGACAACUGUGUCUCCUCCAUUGGCUGGUUUCAGGGGGAGGUGAGGGGUCAGCUCCUGUAUCCUCUUAAUUUGACAGUGAAAUUGUAGAACUUGAGCUGUGACUGCAUAAACUUGGCCAAUGCUGUACCUGCAUUGGCUCAGAGCUGUUCCAUGGAAUACAGCUUUUCCUCCUCAUCCCCUGACCAUACAACCCACAGGGAAGGUUGGGUCUGCAUCUACCCAGCCCCAGUUUUUCCUUUGUUAAACCACCCACAGCUACUGGGGUGCAAAAUAAAUAGUGCAACACCUCACCUCCUUGUAAGGGCUAAGACACCUUCCUUUUGCUCACACCUGGAUUUCACUUUCUCCCGCUGCACUGUUUUAUGCAGGCAGCAUCUGGGCAGGGUUCUGUUGCUUCAGAGCAUUUGCUGGGUAUUACUCAGGCAGUUUGUUCCCGUACAAAGGAGGGAGGAGUGGGUUAGAGCAGGUUAGAGCUGUCCGGCUUGGCUAUGCGGGAACCACUGACAAAUAAAAGCUCCAUAAAUACCGUGUACAUUCUUCUACCUCUCCCCUUCCUCAACAUAUCUGUCAGUUCCUUUUCCAGAUCAAUUAUUUUUCUUUUGAGAAAAGAAUAUCUUUAUUUCUUGGAUGUAAAAAUUAUUGAUUCUCCCUUUGCAAGCCAUGAAGAUAAUUUUGCGGGCAGCAUUGCAGCUUGGCCCAAGGCUCUGUUACUGAAAGGCUGAUCCCAAGGCCAAAGAGAGCAGUGGAGAUACUGGCCCCACCGUGUGAGCAUGUGGUAGGUGCCUCCAGCUCACCCCAGCGGACUGAGACCCACCUGGGAUGAGGGACCAGGCCAGGAUGGAGCUGCAGGUAGAGCUUCCCUCUCCCCCUGCUCACCCCAGCACUUGGUGCCCUGCAGGGUUGUGCACUGUACAUUUGCCCACUUCUGCAAGGCUAAGCUCACGAAAUGGGGUCGCUCUGGUCUCUAGGACUCCCAGGGGUCAGUGCACAUUUAAUCCUUACCCAUCAGCUGUUCCCUGUGGCUGCCUUCAUUCCCACUUGGCAUCAUAACAUCCAGCUACCAUUGCCUCACACAGUGGGUUUCCUCCUCCCCACACAUUCCCUGGGCUGUGCUAAGGGAGUGAUGGGACCUAUCCUCCUGCUCCUUAACAAACCAGGUGAUGGUGGAAAGACAGCGAGGAGGAAAGGAGUGGAAAAAAGCUUUGCCAGGUGUUUCCUCCGCAGCCUGGUGCAGCGUUACUCUCUACUCCAAGGCAGCUCAGCCCUGUGGGCUGCCCUUGCUGCUGCGACUGCUGGAGGUUGGUGAUGAGCUGUGCCCUUCCCUGCACUGGGGCUGUGGGACCAUUGCCACUGAUCCCAGGGCUCACUGGUCAUGUUCUCCACGCGCUGGUGAAUUGACCUUCUGGCCAGGAGCGUGGCUCCUAGGUGGUCUUUCCCAGAUUAAGCACAGCUUGCAAACCUUCACCCUUCUCUCUAGGCCUAUAAAUCACAACUUCCCUUGCUGUGGCAGUUUCACUGGAGGUAGGAGCUGACUUUGCUACUGAAACCUGACAAACACCCAGAGGGGAGGGUGGCUGCUAUGCACUUCUCAACCCUUCAGACACCAAAUUCUUCCUGCCAAGAUUUUGAGAUUUCUCCUCUCUGGCUGGACUUCUGGAAGAGAACAAACACGCCUGGCCCCUGGGCAUCAUCCUUCAGUUGUCCCCUCCGAGGAGAAAUACCUCAGCAAGAGCAGAGCUUUGUCAGAAGGUGUAAAUUGGUGCAGCUUUGACAGCGCUGCCCAGGCUGUGAAGGUCCAUGCUGACAGCUGCCAUAACGAUGACCCUCUGGACAGACAGAUGGACAUGGACACACAUUUCUUCCUGUGCCAUAGAGGAGUUUGCGGCUGUUUUUUUCAGGAAGAAGACCAUCUACAAAACUGUUUGCCUCUCCUUCUUGCUGGUGAUCACGGUGAUGGUGCUGCAGCGGGGAAUGGCCCCCAGCCAGUUCACACCGGGCCAUCAGCAGAAAGAGCUGCUCCCUAUGGAGCCCCUGAAAAUGCAGAAGAGAAACAACGCCUUCUCCAUCACCAGCACUUUCUGGAAGAGCAACAAAGAGAAAGUUCCUGUGAAGGAGGAGGAGAGCAUGACAGCAAAGCAAGCAAAAUCCUGGGACAUCACCACUACCAACUGCUCAGCCAACCAGAACUUCAGCAAGGUGGACUGGUUCAAGGGGCUGGAGCCCAACUUCCAGCAGUUCCUGCUCUACCGACACUGCCGCUACUUCCCCAUGCUGAUCAACCACCCAGAGAAAUGCAGCGGGGACAUUUACCUGCUCAUUGUGGUCAAGUCUAUCAUCACGCAGCAUGACCGCCGUGAGGCUAUCCGGAGGACCUGGGGCCAGGAGAAGGAGGUGAAUGGCAAGAGGAUCAGGACGCUGUUCUUGCUGGGCACGGCCUCCAAGGAGGAGGAGAGAGCCAACUACCAGAAACUGCUAGUUUACGAGAACCACAUCUAUGGGGACAUCUUGCAGUGGGAUUUUCUGGAUAGCUUCUUCAAUCUCACCCUCAAAGAAGUCCAUUUCUUGAAGUGGCUGAACAUCUACUGUGAUAAUGUCCGCUUCAUCUUCAAAGGUGAUGACGAUGUGUUUGUGAGUCCCAGCAACAUUCUGGAGUUUCUGGAGGACAAAAAGGAGGGAGAGGACCUCUUUGUAGGAGAUGUCCUCUACAAAGCGAGGCCAAUCCGGAAGAAGGAGAACAAGUACUACAUCCCCAGCGCCCUUUACAACAAAAGUAACUACCCACCCUAUGCAGGAGGUGGGGGCUUCAUCAUGGAUGGGCCCCUGGCCAAAAGGCUGCACAAGACUUCGGAGAUGCUGGAGCUGUACCCCAUUGACGAUGUCUUCCUAGGGAUGUGCUUAGAAGUCCUUAAAGUAUCCCCUGUUGGGCAUGAGGGCUUCAAAACUUUUGGCAUUGUGAAGAACAAGAAUAGCAAGAUGAACAAGGAGCCAUGCUUUUUCCGGAGUAUGUUGGUGGUUCAUAAACUGCUGCCUCCAGAAUUGCUCCAAAUGUGGGACUUGGUCCAUAGUAACUUGACAUGCUCGAGAAAACUCAACGUCCUUUAGCUCAGUCUCUCUGGAGAGCUGGGACUGGAGGGGCUGGGACAACUGGUCCCUGCUCCGGGAUGGGGUGAGUCUUUGCUGCUGGCACACACCUCCUUUGGGGGCAUUUCCCUCUGGGGCAAGGAAGGCAGAGGCACAGUGCUUGCGGGCAGGGUUUGCUAUAGUGUUUGUUCCCGUACUGUAACGUUGUUGACUUAUCUCCAGCUGGGUUGGGGGUUGAUGAAAAAAAAAAAAACAAAACCAAAACCAACAACCAACAAAUCUAGCACAAAAUGGAGAGAGAGAGAGAGAGAGAGCAAGAGGUGGGGCAGAGAGGUUUGUGCUCUGCUCUAGGAUCCACCUCCACUGGAGCAUGAUGAACAGCAGGGUGGGGGGGAGGCAAAGAGGGAUGUGGCACUGGCGUUUUUUGGAGAUUUUCAGGGUCUGGCUAUCCAGGGAAACCACUCCAAGGGAGAUGAGCAGUUUACAAGUAUGUGAGCCUCCAUGACUCAAAAGUCAAAGGGAUUUUGUUAUCUCAAAUGUCUCCUUCAUGCAAGGUUUUAAUGACACUGAACCUGUAUGCACUGGGUUCAGCCCUUGCCAAAGUCCUCUCUGUGUCCCCACUACGCAGCUAGGGAAAGGGGGUCUCCUCUGAGGCCAGACCUCGCCAGCCCCCGGCCCCUACAUGCUGCUGGGUUUCAGCCUAGUGGUUGGGGGACUGGGGUCUUUGUUCCCCACAGACAGUCCCAGAUGAUGGUAGCUCCCAGCGCCAGCUCGGGCUGUACUUGGCUCCUCAGCCCCUCUCCUAAUCUUACUGUGCGUGCAUUCAGAGGAAUGCACCCAGCCAAAACUCCUCAGGGAUUUGUUCCUCCUGGCAGGAAAGGCAUGAGGCAGGCUGCCCUUGCCCACGGCCAAGGAAGCAACAGAGAAACUUGGUCAGCCCCAGCUGGAGUGGCCCAGGGGUUUGUCACAUCUAGGACCCCAGUGUAGGUGUGGGCAUCCCAGUGGCUCGGUGCAGGGACACCCUUUCCUUGCAGCUGGGCUGCCAUGGUGGGGUUGCGUUGGAGUGGGACAACAAACCCCAAAGACCUCCUGUGCGGCCACUUCAGGCUCAGCGAUGAGCAUCAUGCUCCAGGGCAAGCUGAAGAGCAUCAGUCCUGGCAUGUGGAGCGAGGUCCCAAGGGACAAGAUGAAGGAGAACUGGUGUUUCACAUGAUGUCUUCUCCUCUCAGGUUGCUGCAGUGUUUUAUUCUACAUGAUGAGGCCCAGGAGCAUGACAGGGAGUGGAGUCAUGAGAUAUGGCCUUUUUUGGGGACUGAAGGGGCUACUGGAGCUCAAGGGGAGCUCCAAGCCAGCUGCUGUGAUUGGAAACCCCUGGACACAGAGACACGGCCAAGCACAGGGCCACAAAUGCUCUCUAGCCAAUGACUGCAGGCAUGAGCAAAGCCACAGGCAUCUGCAAAGCCACAUGCGUGCACAGACACUGGCGUGGCAGCUCCCAGGCACAGGGUCUGCACAUGCAGGUGUGUCCCUGUGAGCAGGGCUGGCACCCCCAGAUGUCCCCGUGCACCGGUGGACACGCACAGGGAAACACAGGCACAUGCGCGCUCACUCUCUCUCUCCCUCUCUGGUGCCAGACAUUGAAAGGAAAAAAUUAUGACUACCUCAAAGGUUCCCCUGUGCAGUGCCUUUUUUUUUUUUCUUUCCUUUUCUUAAUGUGUUUUGGAAAUGGGCCCAUUUCAUUUACUCAAACUCUGUAUGUUCCCCAGGUUAGAAAAUAAACAAAAAAAGGGCUAAACCAGCCAAAAAAAGGCAUCUUCCUGCCAAGCCACACCACUUCUCAGCAAAUGCCCGUUGUCUGAUCGGACAAGCUGCAAAUUUGAAGAGGAGGAAAAGAAAGAGCCCGUUGCUGCCCUGGGCUCAGCUGUUGGUACUGGAACUGGCAGCAAUACUGUGAAAUUUGAUUUUCGAUGAGCCCAGUGGCACCGUGUCUCUGGGACAAGGGCUGGCAGCACAGGGCAGAGCCCUGAGGGCAUUUUGGCUGCUCGCUGGCUUUGGUAGGACACAACACUCCUUCCUUUUCCCAUCCCCUCCCCUCCUUCCAACAGGAGUGAGUUCAGAAAGUUUCCAAAUUGACACCUCUGUAAUUUCUGUCCAGUACAGUACGUCAGGCUGUGUAUUUAUCCUACAGGCAGGGGCAGCUCUUGCUCUCCAUGGCAAUGCAUACGGCGAGUGAGGGCUGCGUGCAGAAAUCUCUCAGUGUUGCUCUUCACCUGGCAGGACCUGUACAGAGAAACCUUGUAGAUUUGGUGAAUAUUCUAGUUUCUAAAUAAAGGUUAAAAGAAGA